AUGAGCCUCAAGAGUGGGGGCGGAGAGAGUGGGGGCGGAGAGAGUGGGGGCGGAGAGAGUGGGGGCGGAGAGAGUGGGGGCGGAGAGAGUGGGGGCGGAGAGAGUGGGGGCGGAGAGAGUGGGGGCGGAGAGAGUGGGGGCGGAGAGAGUGGGGGCGGAGAGAGUGGGGGCGGAGAGAGUGGGGGCGGAGAGAGUGGGGGCGGAGAGAGUGGGGGCGGAGAGAGUGGGGGCGGAGAGAGUGGGGGCGGAGAGAGUGGGGGCGGAGAGAGUGGGGGCGGAGAGAGUGGGGGCGGAGAGAGUGGGGGCGGAGAGAGUGGGGGCGGAGAGAGUGGGGGCGGAGAGAGUGGGGGCGGAGAGAGUGGGGGCGGAGAGAGUGGGGGCGGAGAGAGUGGGGGCGGAGAGAGUGGGGGCGGAGAGAGUGGGGGCGGAGAGAGUGGGGGCGGAGAGAGUGGGGGCGGAGAGAGUGGGGGCGGAGAGAGUGGGGGCGGAGAGAGUGGGGGCGGAGAGAGUGGGGGCGGAGAGAGUGGGGGCGGAGAGAGUGGGGGCGGAGAGAGUGGGGGCGGAGAGAGUGGGGGCGGAGAGAGUGGGGGCGGAGAGAGUGGGGGCGGAGAGAGUGGGGGCGGAGAGAGUGGGGGCGGAGAGAGUGGGGGCGGAGAGAGUGGGGGCGGAGAGAGUGGGGGCGGAGAGAGUGGGGGCGGAGAGAGUGGGGGCGGAGAGAGUGGGGGCGGAGAGAGUGGGGGCGGAGAGAGUGGGGGCGGAGAGAGUGGGGGCGGAGAGAGUGGGGGCGGAGAGAGUGGGGGCGGAGAGACAAUGAAGCCUAUAGUGGAAAACAAGCAUCCAAGCAAAGAAAAUGUAAACUAG